GUUACAACUGUGUGACCCCCAUGUUUGAAUCAGUGGACGAAGUCGUUGAUGUUGGUAUCUAUGUGCAGCCCGGUUGGACGAGUUACCCUUAAAGCUGAACCUUUUUUCAAAAAGGAAAUUGUCUUGGUUUCGCUAGUAGUGAGUAGCUCUGCGAUAGUUUAGACAGUAUAUGUUUAUGAUGUUAUUAAAGACAACUUUUGUUCAUAACAAGGGAGCAUCGUGGUGAGGGAGUUGAUUUUAUUUCGACCUAAACUUUACCGAGUGUAUCGUCGUUGACUGUUCAUCUCUGGACGAAAUAAUUAAGUCUUAUAAUACAUUUUAUAGUCGAAAUUUAAUAAAUAUUUUUAUCACUUGUUUCCCUUAACCCCCUCCCCCUUCCCAAUAACUGCCGCUUAAUUAUGUCUCAAAAACGGACAUCUAUCUCAUGUCAUUGUCACUAAUGACUAGGGCGAGGGUUAACAACAGAGCUCCAUUGUUCUUCAGAUAAGUUAUGGGGUGGACGGAAAUGGUGGUGAUUUUGGGGAGCGAUUAUUAGGCGCAUGGAGUAAGUUUAAGAGAUUCUCGCAUCUUUAAGAUUAGGGGGCGGGGGGGGGGGGGGGGGGGGGGGGGGGGGGGGGGAUGUUUCUUGCAAAAAUAUUAUGUCUCGCUUCUUCCAGACUUCGCCUGAUAAUGUUGGUAUUGACGACGGAAGUUCCUAAUUGACAUAAGAGAGAGUGAGAGAUUCGUGGACGGUCAUUCUGAAGUGACAAACGAAGUGUUACUGGCUGCUGUCAGGGAUAGAAUUAGGGAUAGACAGCGAAGUGUCAACAGUUAGGAAAGAGACAUUACAAUAAAAUUAUAGUGACGAAUGCAUCUCUUAUUUAUAAAUGUACUGAGGAGUUUCUUAGCCAUUCAUUAGUGUUCUUUGAUUUUUUCGUUGUACUUCUUAACGCCUGGACUAGUGAACCACCACAGAGAGGAGCUGAGGAGCGGCCCCAUAGUAAUCACACCAACACCAAAACCACUUGGUACGUGACCACAAGUACGGGUCAUACCCUCACAAUACGCUCACAAUACCCUCACAAUACCAUCAUACCUGUGACAGACAUAUCCUCAUUUUUACCUGUCAUCAAAGUAUCAUGACUAAUAAUUGAUUCAAGUUUAUGGCGAUUAUUUAUUAUAUACAUUUUAAUCUUCUUAAAUUCAGAUGGUUUGACACAAUUUGUAACUCUGUCCUUUAGGAGAGAGCAUCGAAUGUUCUGGUGGGAACGGAGGUAAAACUGAGAAAAUGGAGAUGGGUAGGGCACACAUGAAGGAAACCCAAAACUAAUAUCACAAGACAGGCCCUAAACUGGAAUCCUCAAUGUACCAGGAAAAGAGGAAGACCAAACGCCACACGUAAAAGGGGAGUAGAGACAGAGGUGAAGAGAAUGAAGAAAAGUUUGGCUGAACUAGUAAAGAUAGCCCAGGACAGGGACAGAUGGAAAAGUAUUGUGGAUGGCCUAUGGCUAACGUUGGGAGUGAGAAUGGCUAGGAAGAGCAACCAAGCCAUGAUUUUGGUAACCAGACCUUUAAACUAAAAUCAACAAAACCAGUCGAAGCAUUAAGGCCUCUUUUAAAUUGGGCAUCCGCCAUCACUAAAACCCUCUCACUAUGGAUAAUAUGAACACGGGCAGAUGAUAAAAAUUACAUGUAAAUUUUAAAAAUAAUAGAUUCUCUUCUUUGGACAUUUUGAACUUCAGGGCACUGAUGUGUAUGAAUAUAAUGCAUCGUUUACGUAUGGCAUUAUUAUGUACAUCAUAUGUCACAAGUGACAGUCGCGGGAGCACGGAACAGAGCGCUAUUGUUGUUCAGUAACUUAUUUGGCGGAGGAAAAUUGCUGCGAUUUUGGAGGAGGCGUUGUUAUGAGGAUGAGGUUAAGGUUAAUAGAUUCUCACAUCCUUGAGGUAGAGGUCAAGGUUAAUAGAUUCUCACAUCCUUGAGGUAGAGGGGAAGGUUUCUUUCCAUAAUAUAAUGUUUCGGGCCUUCCAGACUUGGCAUGGUCAUUUUAAUGUUAACAACAGGAAAUCGUCACUGACCGAAAAUGAAGGGGCAAGAGUGUCUUAAUAGAUAGCAUUCCCAGGCCGACUAUGGAGGUAGAGAAACGGAUAUAAGACAGAACUCUUCGUGGUUUGGGGGGAAAAUAGUCCUAAGAGAAAGGCGUUAAGAGGGAACAGUUGAAAGAGGACAGUUGAGAAGGAAUAGUUGCAAGCGAUCAGUAGACGACCAUUGACUAGUUGAACAUAGGAAUAGGUGAGGCGAAACAGUUGAACAGUUCAGAAACAGUCAUAGCUAGAGAGAUACAUAUAGAUAGCUGACGAUUAGUGAUACCGACAGAACAGAUUUGUAUCUUGGCCAUAAGAACAUACUAGGUCGUGUUAUGACCAUGUGGAGUUUCAGUUGUUUGUAUUCAUUCAAGUCUACGUUGUGCUUUGUCUGUCCCAACGCCUAGACACACACAAUCUAAAUGACAGCGACGAGCGGUCCUGUUCUGACCACUACUAAGUCAAUACAGUUUAUGAUUAGUCAGGACCGGAGCCCUUCUCCGUAACAACCGUUCUGUGACAUCGUACACGAUUACGACAUUCAAGUAAAUACUGUCGUUCUAUGCAAGAUUCAUCCUAAUGACAUUAAUAUGUACAAGAUGAACCAUAUGACCUUAAUAUCUACAAGAUGAACCUAUGACAUUAAAAUCUACAAGAUGAACCUAUGACAUUAAUAUCUACAAGAUGAAAUCUAUUAUAUUUAUGCGUACCGGUACAAAAUCAAAUCUAUGACGUUACGUGAACGAGGCGAAGUCUCUGAUGUCAAUGUGAACAGCACGAAACCUAUCAUGCUAAUGUACACGAGGUGAAAUCUAUUUGUCAAUAUCUGCCAAAGUAGAUCUAUAGCUUUAAUGUCUUACAUUUGCACUAGAAACAUUUAUGGAAUUCGUUUGUGUGUAGUUCUGAUAUUUUUGACAUAGUGUAAUUGAUGCACUUGAUUCAACUGAAAUGUAAUUUUAUUGGAAAUUGUAAACGGUCAAAAUUUUGCAAUGUUCUUAUAUACUUUGAUAAAGGUAUGUAAAGAAUAAUCUGUUUUUGUCUCUAGUCGAAGGUUCUGAAGUUUUGUAUUUUUCUCAAUUAUAACUCAAAUUUCAAAAUUUUUAUUUUUUCGAAUAUCGCAGGUUAAAAUUCUAACAAGGCUUUGUAACAUUUGCUCUGAUUAUGGAAGAGCAACGCAAACAAGCUUUGGACUUCAUGACGAACGUAUUAAAUAGAUAUAGCGAAUCUUACAACGAGGGCUUUGAUGAGAACGUCUACAGCUGGACAAGCAUAGCGCUGUGCAUAAUUUUUAUCCUUCUGAUCUUACUCUCCAACGCCCUGCUCAUUAGGAAAAAUGCCCGGGAGUUGGAUUUCUACGCGAGGCCAAAGAAUCAGAUCAUUUUAUCCCUAGCCAUAGGAGAUAUUUUCCUCGCACUUUUCCCGCUGAUUGUGUUAACCAUGACCUUUUUUGGAGAUGACCAGCACAAUUGGAAGUCGUGUAGUCUGGCGAUGACGUCAGACACGUACAUGAGAUUUCUCCUUCAUUUCGUCUACGGCCUGGGCCUCGUCAUUCUAGCCAUCGAACUUUUAUGUCGCAACAAGAUCCGUGACAUGACGGCCGACAAAACAGGCAAGAUUUUUGUCUCUAUCGUACUCAGCGCCAUCCCGUGGUUACUGGGUCUCAUCUUCGUCCUACCGCUCUGUCUGGCUAACAUUGACAUGACAACGUGUUUGUCAGUGCAGACCAAACGUCAGGCAAAGGCCGCGGUGGUAAUCUCUGUUAUUCUGCCCGCGUGUGCUGCUGUGGCCAUGUGUAUUGUGGUCAGUUGUCGUGCGUUUCCUCCAGCUCAGUACCAACAGACAACGGCUACAUCCGCACCGAUCGUUACGAUAACGACGAGUCACUCGAAUUCUCCGCUGCAAUCUGGUAAUGGAUUUACAGCGCCCCCGACAGAUGGGUACCAUCCAGGCAACCAGUAUCCACAGCAACCUCUUCCCGGACAGCACCCACUUCAGCAGUACCCUCAACAGAUGAACAACCCACAAGCCCAUGUCGCAGAGCAACCCUCUGUCACACAGCAACCUUCUGUCACACAGCAACCCUCUGUCACACAGCAACCCUCUGUCACACAGCAACCCUACACGGUGGUACAACCCAACAAGAGCGUGUACCUACAGAACGAUGCUGGGAUCACAGUGUCAAAAUUUCACCGUGAAAAGUCCAGACUCCUUGCCGUUGCCAUAGUUUUCUUUCUCCUAGUUGUUCCACAGGCCAUCUAUCAGCUCAGCUACGCUCUAAACCCGACAAGAACCAUGAUGGAGAGAAGGAUUACUGCAACGGCCAUACAUGACUUCGUGCUUUGGUUAAUGGUCAUCAGGUCAUUCGUGACGCCGAUGAUAAUGUACUGCUAUUCUGAAGUCUAA